AAAAUUCAUUAUGCAGUUCCAAACCAAGAUGGUAUUUUGACUGAAAUAAUUUUGAUGAUAAUGAGAAGCCCAAGGAGAAACCCCGUAUUGGUUGGUUUGAACUUUGAUUGGUCUCUAUGUCUUUUCAAAACUGAGCACACUGACUCUGAGUCAUGGAGAGGUCCGGACAUUGGCGACCCACCAUUGAACCUCUCUCUGAAUCCCAAUGUGAACCUCUCUUUAACCUUUCUCACCUUCUCCAUUUUCCUUCAAUUUUCUCCCUUUAAUAAUGGGGGUCGAAAGAGAUUGUUAGAAAAGGCACACAACCCCAAAACCCUUGAAACCCCUCUUUUUGUUUGUCAAAAUUGUUUGCUUCUUCAAAUUGAAAUUCCAGUUUCUGGGUUCUGAAAUACACAAAAAGCAAAACCCAAGUAGAGAAGAAAAAGUGUGGAUUGCCAGCAUUUCUCUGUUUGGGUUUGCAGGCAAACCAAGCAAGGAACAGACCCCACAACCUCAAUUUUUCACACUCAACCAUGUGGUAGUGGACAGAAAUUGGAUUAGUACUUUCAGAGAGACAAUUGAGAUGGUUAGAAAUUAAACCCUUUUAAUGGUUUCACUUACCAAGCCUGCAGUGCAGAGAAAAAGGCAAAAGCCAGAAGGCAUUCUCUCUAAUAACAGCUAGAUGGAAGUGUUGCACCAACAUUGAGGUUUUAGGUCCACAUCAUUUCCUCUAGUUAUUUCUGGUCAGUAUCCAGAUCCCAUUAUCGCUACUUGGUCAGAGCUCUAAAGAAAAAUCAGAGAAAAGAUUUAGAGUGGGGGGAAAAGUUUGGGUUGUAUCACAUCAGAUCCAAUGGCAGAACUCUAGAUUUAAGAAGCAAUGGUAAUGGAAAAUGGAAUCAUGAUCUGAGAAAUGAAGGCUAUCCAAUUGCAUUGUUUCAUCAUUCUGGUGUUACUUAAUGAAUAACCAUAAUGUUUCGAAUACGAACAUUAAGGAAGGUUGGUCUGAUAGUUGAAGAAAUGCAUACACCCAAAACUAGCUGAUGGUUGCUGUUUUUAUUGCGAGCCAUUAAAUUUGUCAAAGAUAUCCCACAAGAUUUUCUCGUCAGUUUUGGUUUGCUUGCAUCAUCAUUUUCAGGCUCUUUUCUCUCGCCUUCUCUGAGACUAUAUCUGUUCAGAAGUACACUGCUGAAACACUUAAAAAGAAAGGAACUCUGUCUAAAAAAUGGUGCUGAGAAGACCUGGCAGGAACAGGAGUUUCAACAGAGAGAAUCCAGAUAUUUUGAUUAUGAUGAUUGCAGUGGAUCAGAUAAUAAGAGGUUGUGAGCAGGACAAAGGAGAUGGCACAGAGAGGAAGGGCAUGGGCCCUUUAAAGCCUGCAACAAAGAGGGAUUUGGUGUGGGGCUUUCACUCUAAGUUUCUCAUCCUAUAUAGGAUGACAAAGAUUCAUCAAAUGGAAGCUAAAAAGUAAAUGUGGUUCGAGUCGAGUAUGUUAAUAUCAGCUGUUGCUUUGGGAUUAAGAAUGGUGGUAGUUUAUCGUCUACAAAGAGAAUCGGUGGGCAGAUGACUUGAUGAAUGCUCUGGUAGAUAUGGCAAACCCAAAUUCUAUUGUUGUAGCUGGAUUUCCUAUCUUUUUAAAUCUGCGGGAAUCUAGAUGCUCUGCCCUUACAAGUGCUAAUAUUGAUCAAUUGGCAUUCUGAGGUUCUCCAAUGUCUACUGCCCUGCAACGAAUUGAUAUGGGAGAUGCUUGUCUGUGUCCCUCUGGUAAUGCUGAGUUUCAGAAUCAAUUGGCAGUAGCCAUUCCUAUUUCUCUCUUUCAAUCUACCUCUCUUGCUCCGGUGAAUGAUAUUCGUGGAAAUACAAAAGAUUCAGCAUUUCCAGACCCACAGUUCCAGCAAUUAGAAACCUAUAGAACGUGCUUCUUGCACAGUUACUCUAAUGCUUCAAAUUCUUCAUUUGCAAGUUCUCUGAUCUGUGAAGGUGAUGAGUCUCUAUGUAAUGUAAAUAAUAAGUGGGAAAGCGAUAGGUUUCAUUGUAUUCAGCAACUUUCUGGGGAGAAUCCGGAAACAUCCGAUUCCCAGACUGUCUUGUCCAUGGAACACCUGCACCAGAAUGGCUGGAUGUCAUCUAACACUAUGAACUCCAAAUUAUGGAAUGAGCUUUCUCUAAGCCUUGCUACAACCGAACCCGUUCUCAGUGGAGGAACCGAUUUCCUUGACCAGUAUUCACAGUUAACUUUUUCUGGUGCUACUCAGCCUUGCUUGAACAGCACAGAAUUAGCCUCGAAUCUGAAUUCAGGCAGCUCUAGGGACCUCUCUCUAAGUUAUGGAUGUGGUAGUUCUGUUCGCCUUUCCCGAGCAAUAGCAGGAUCUAGAUAUCUUUCGAUCAUUCAAGAUGUACUCUCUCAAAUUGCAAGCUAUCCACUGGAAAGUUCAGAUCAAGUUAGUCAUUCAACUACUGUAGGUGGGUUUGUGCCCUUCUCAUCAAGUUCCCUGGAUGAUGCAACGUUUGAAUAUGGUUCUGAUAUAACUGGUAGAUACAGUUCUCAAAUGGAGCCUGAAUGGCAAAAUCUGUCUGUUGAUGCCAAGAAGUCCCAUCUGUUGACUCUACUACAAUUGAUUGAUGAGCGGUACACUCGAUGCUUGGAUGAGAUUCAUACCGUUACUUCUGCGUUUCAUGCUGCUACUGAUUUGGACCCUCGCUUGCAUACUCGAUAUACUCUCCAGACGAUUACUUCGGUGUAUAAAAACCUGAGGGAGAAGAUUACCAGUUGUAUUUUUGCUAUUGGGAAGCAUUCUAACGCAGUGUGCACCAAGGAGAAGGAAAAAUCCUUUGAGGCAACAUUCUUACAGAAGCAGUGGGCUCUCCAGCAGUUGAAAAGGAAAGAUAAUCAAUUAUGGCGGCCACAGAGAGGCUUGCCUGAAAAGUCUGUCUCCGUUCUAAGGGCAUGGAUGUUUCAAAAUUUUCUCCAUCCGUACCCCAAGGACACAGAGAAGCAUUUACUUGCAGUAAAAAGUGGAUUAACUAGAAAUCAGGUGUCUAAUUGGUUCAUCAAUGCUCGUGUCCGAUUGUGGAAACCGAUGAUUGAGGAAAUGUAUGCUGAAAUGAGCAGAAGAAAAUCCAGUCAAAAUGAGGAAGGAAUCGAAAGAAUUCAUUGUCCUAGAUAAGCAUUAGCUAGCAGUGAGAAGAUAUGGCUCGAACUGUGAAAAUGAUGAGCAGUAUUGAGCAUUGUAUGGCACUUUAAUUGAUUAGAAAAUUGUGUUAGACUGAAUUGAAUUCCAACUAUAUAUUCUUUUGGGGUAUUCAAAUUGGAACAAUUUAACCUGAAGAAUUUCUUUAGCGUCGCA